AUGCCGACAAACCCGACGCAGGCGAAGGCAGUCCGUUUUGACUCUCACUUGGAGCAUAUUCGCUACUUCUCAAAAACUGAUAAACCGCAAUUUGUCAGUUCCGGCUCCUCGCCUGUAGAGGAUCGCGUCCGGACGUUUCACAAGAGCAGGUCAAACAAUAACCUCGAUCGGUUUGUAUUCAGCAUCAAUCUCAGUGAGCAGGAAAAUUUGGAAAUGAAAACUAUGUUCGUCUGUAUUCGGUAUCAUGUCAGUGAGCAGGACUUCUGGGAUAACAACACCAUGAGGAAUUACCAAGUCAACUUUACCAAGGUCCAUAAGCCCGAGCCUGGCAGUUACAAAGAGCAUCCAAGCAAUCCUUGGGUCAAUCGUGAUGAUGGUAUGACCGAAGAGGCUGAUAACCCUAUGCCUUUGCGCCGUCGUAAACUGGCCCGCCGAUUGUUUGGUACCCGUUAUGAUUUCGAUUUAUCUUUGAAUGCCGAGGUACCCGCAAAACUGGACCAGGAUCCUACCAUGCCAGCUGCUCAAGCACAACAUGGACCGUCUCGGUCUACAUUUCAUACAAGGAAGGCGGAUUUUCUUGAUUCGCGCCAUCCUGAACGCAAGCAUCCUCUUCCCCUUGUAUCAACAAUCCCGACUUUCGAGUCCCCCAAGUAUAGAGAGCUUGUUAAUCGCUACUGUUACUCCGGUCAUCCGUGUUCCCAGUUGGUCAUGAAUGAGCCACUGGAUGUUUCAUGA